AUGUCUAACGCUCUGAGGACGUCAGUGCGACGCUUCGCUACCACAGCCGCUCGUGCGGCAACUGCCGAGUCGGUCAAUGCUUAUGGGAUCCGUCUCUCCAAAGCUCAAGGGGUGGUCGACACUCUCACCGGAGCCAUCGGCAACACUCCUUUGAUAAGAUUACAGAAGCUCUCCGCCGAAACCGGCUGCAACAUCCUUGGUAAAGCCGAGUUCCAAAACCCCGGCGGCAGUGUCAAGGACCGCGCGGCUUUAUAUGUUGUCAAAGAUGCAGAAGAGCGAGGUCUGCUGAAGCCUGGGGGCACCGUUGUCGAAGGGACUGCCGGCAACACUGGUAUUGGUCUGGCACACGUCUGCCGAGCAAGGGGAUACAAACUGGUCAUCUACAUGCCGAACACCCAGUCACAAGGCAAGAUCGACCUUCUGAGACUGCUGGGCGCCGAAGUAUAUCCUGUUCCAGCUGUCGCAUGGGAGAACCCAGAAAACUACAAUUGGCAAGCAAAACGACAUGCAGAGAGGCUGCUCAAGGAAGAUCCCGAACACGGUGCUGUAUGGACCAAUCAAUUCGACAAUACUGCUAAUCGUCUGGCACACAUUGUCACGACAGGGCCAGAAAUUUGGGCCCAGACCGACGGCAAGAUUGACGCAUUCACCUGUGCGACUGGAACUGGUGGCACGCUUGCUGGUGUGACUCGAUACCUCAAGGACGUCAGCAAUAAUUCCGUCAAAUGCUUUCUGGCAGAUCCUCCCGGUUCCGUCCUCUAUUCGUACAUCACUUCUGGUGGCCAGCUCAAAGAAAGAACGGGCAGCAGCAUCACUGAGGGGAUUGGCCAAGGUCGUGUGACGGACAACCUGAAGCAGGAAGUCAAUGAGCUUGACGGAGCGCUAAAUAUCUCCGACGAGAAGACUAUUGCCAUGGUAUACCGCUGCUUGGAUGAAGAAGGUCUAUAUCUUGGAGCCAGCAGCGCGCUUAACGUUGUCGCUGCGAAAGAGGUCGCGGAAAAGCUGGGACCCAAUCAUACGGUUGUGACUGUCUUGUGCGACGGGGCAUAUCGAUAUGCGGAUCGGCUCUUUAGCGACAAGUGGCUCAAAAGCAAGAAUCUGAGAGAAGCGAUACCCCAACAUUUGCAGAAAUACGUGGUCUUUGAAGUUCUCGAUGCUCGACCUACUUUUACUGGUGCGAUGACGAUUCUUCCGAAGGAUGCACUCUGCAAAGACGCCAGUACACUCGAUCAUCCAGAUAUCAUCCAUGCCGAUCGGGAGAUGGUGACGGUUGAAGUCGUUGAUACAUACUCUUCGACGGAGUAUUCACCACAGCCGGCGUCAUUAAACUCGGAGAUACAGCCCCCGUUGCAGGUGGAGCUGUUUGAGAAUGUCAGGUUAGCCAAUUACCUCCAGACUCAAGAAAAGUCGUGGUGGGGAGUUGAGUAUGCGCCUUAG